AUGGCAGGCUACCACCACGACAUGAAUGUCGUUAACUUUAAUAAAUGGCUAAGAGAAAAGCUUAUACCCAAUUCAAAUGAGCCGAGUGUAUUAGUUAUGGAUAGUGCCAGUUACCAUUCAAUCAUUGUAAAUAAAGCUCCUACAUCACAAAGUCGCAAAAAUGAUAUAAGAGAAUGGCUUACUUUGAAUGAUAUUCCAUUCGAACAAAAUCGCAUAAAAGCAGAGCUGCUAUGUCUUGUAAAACGAAACACACCAGAGCCAGUAUAUGAAGCUGAUGAACUUCUGAAGCAGAAUGGGCAUGAGUUCACAUUGAAAAUAAAUAAUAAAGAAAGGGAUAGAAUAACAGAAGAUAAUUUAGAAAGUUUUAUUAUUCAUGUUGCAGAUAGUGAUUCCAGUGGGUCAAAUGAAUCAUUCCACAUAGAAACCCUAGAUUCAGAUUUCGAUUAUGGUAGUGAAUAA